UCUGUGACACUUGGCGAAGGAAUUGCGCCUCUUCCGCCUUGGCGCAGUAAACUUCCGGCUCGGUGGCGGCGCAUGCGCGUUGGGAGGAAGCUGGAACUGACUGGGUGACAGGAAUGAGCCUGCGGGAAUCCGGUCUGUGAGUUGUUGACGGCGCCGCUUUCUGGAUGGAGUUCGCCGAGCUGAUUAAAACUCCCCGGGUGGAUAAUGUGGUUCUGCACCGGCCUUUCCACUCCCCGGUGUGGGGCACCCUCUGUCUGACCGGCCACCACCUCAUCCUCAGCUCCCGGCAGGACAACAGCGAGGAACUCUGGCUCCUACACUCCAACAUCGACUCCAUAGACAAACGGUUUGUUGGCACAUCUGGAACCAUCACCAUUAAAUGUAAGGACCUGCGGAUAAUACAGCUGGAAAUCGGUGGGAUGGAGGAAUGCCUGAACAUUGCCAGCUCCAUUGAGGCCCUAUCUACACUGGAUUCCAUCACUCUGAUGUACCCCUUCUUCUACCGGCCCAUGUUUGAUGUAACGGAGGAUGGAUGGAGCUUGUUCUCCCCUGAACAAGAAUUUGAGCAACUCAUAUUAGAGACAGACGACUGGAGGCUGAGCUCAGUGAAUGGGGAUUACUCGGUGUGCUUGUCUUACCCUCAGCUCGUCACAGUGCCCAAAUCUAUAGAUGACGACUCACUUCGAAAAGUCGCUGCGUUCCGGCAUGCUGGCCGGUUUCCCAUGCUUAGCUACUACCACAAGAAAAAUGGCAUGGUGAUGAUGCGCAGCAGCCAGCCGCUAACUGGCACCAACGGAAAGCGCUGCAAGGAAGACGAGAAGCUUAUUAAUGCCACACUGAAGCAUGGGAAACGUGGAUACAUUAUAGACACCCGCGCUCUGAAUGUAGCUCAGCAGUCCAGGGCACGGGGAGGGGGAUUCGAACAGGAAGCCCAUUAUCCACAAUGGAGGCGGAUACACAAGUCUAUUGAGAGGUUCAACAUUUUGCAAGAGAGUCUGAUUAAGCUGGUCGAGGCCUGUAAUGACCAGUCCCACAACAUGGAUCGCUGGCUGAGCAAACUGGAGGCUUCUAACUGGUUAACUCACAUCAAAGAAAUUUUAACCACCGCCUGCCUUGCUGCCCAGUGCAUUGAUAGAGAAGGAGCAUCUGUGUUGGUUCACGGUUCAGAGGGGAUGGACUCCACCCUACAAGUCACCUCUCUGGCUCAAAUCAUCUUGGACCCAAGGUGCAGAACAAUCCGUGGUUUUGAGUCUCUGAUUGAGAGAGAGUGGCUCCAGGGUGGGCACCCAUUCCAGCAGCGUUGCGCACAGUCUGCCUACUCCAACAGCAAACCGAAGUGGGAGUCUCCGACCUUCCUGCUCUUCCUGGACUGCGUGUGGCAGAUCCUGCGUCAGUUCCCCUGCUCUUUCCAGUUCAAUGAACGCCUUCUCCUCACCCUCUAUGAACAUUCCUAUGCCUCUCAGUUUGGCACCUUCCUGGGUAACAACGACUAUGAAAGGAAUAAAUUGAAGCUCUCCCAGAAAACUCUUUCCCUCUGGUCAUGGGUGAACCAACCCUCUGAGAUCAACAAACUCCUCAAUCCUCUUUAUGAAGCAAAUGGGCUGGUGAUCUGGCCGUCGGUAGCACCUCAGAGCCUGCAGCUGUGGGAAGGUGUUUUCCUGCGUUGGAACAGAUCAUCUAAGUACCUAGAAGAAGCCUAUGAAGAGACGGCUCACAUUAUUGAGUACAACAAAGAGCUGCAAGUCAAAGUAAAUGCGCUCCGAAGGCAACUGGCUGAACUGGAGACAGAAGAUGGGAUUCUGGAGACUCCCUAAGGGGAAUGCUGGGAAAUGACCUGGCUUUAUUCAGGGGCACAGUAAUGCUUAUGUGACUCCACAUUACCAGUAACCAACAGACCCCAAACAUCCUUAUCCUUUCCAAACCUCUUUAUCACCUUAAAGGGGUUGUUCACCUUUAAAUUAACUGUUAGUAUGAAGUAGAGAGAGAUAUUCUGAGACAAUUUGCAAUUGGUUUUCGUUUUUUAUUAUUUGUGGAUUUUGAGUUAUUUAGCUU